GUACUAUUGGAGGAAGGAUGUGGAAGAAGAAGCAGAAGCAGAAGGUAAAAGUGACUAGCCAGAAACCAUUCAUGCUAAGAACUGAGCAAAGAGGAAAGAUGAAAGCGGAAAAACUUAUGAAGAAGGUAAAAGAUAUUUUGACAGAAGAAGAAAAGAUGAGAAUACCUAUUGCACAAGCUCUUCCAUGGACAGUAUAUGAACCCGAGUGUUUGAUAAAACCUCCGGCGAAAGAAAGCACAAAGCCUAUUGAUGUGAAGCUUCGUAGUGAUAUGAGGGCAAUUGGUCGCGCUGAAUUUGAUCAUCAGGUAGCUAAAAAAUUGAGUUUGAUAGAACAACAGAAAAUGGAAAUGGAAAGACAAAAAAUGUUGGCUGAAGAGGAAGAGAUUCGGAGAUUGAGGAAGGAACUCAUUCCAAAAGCGCAGCCUAUGCCUUAUUUCGACAAACCGUUUAUUCCAAGGAGGUCAAUGAAGCAGCUAACUAUACCUGAAGAACCAAAGUUUCACAUACCAAACCAUAAGAAGUUGAUCAAGUGCUUAUCAUUCAAAGAAAUGAGAUCAUACUCUUUUGCUGAUGAGAAUGUUGAUGAUUCUAGUGGUCAUUUGCUGAUGUGGAGAGAAAUAUUCAAUUUGUAUAGGGAUGAGCAAAAUUAAUUGUAAAUUUUGGUGUUGCCUUUGAUCAAUUGUAGUGCAAUAAUUUUUUUUCCUUACGGUGUUGUGUCAAAGUGGAUACUUUUCCAAAUCUCCCAUCGAGUAGUUGGAAGAAACAAUAUGUAAACUAAACUAAUUGUUCAGAAAUGAUUGUCUUAGAUAUGAUGAUGAUGAUGAUGAUGAUGAUUCAGCUGGUAGGAGUUGUAGAUGGUGAAGAUGAGAUGAUUUCUCGGUCUUUAUGGGGGAAAAGGUACCUGCAAAAAUGUUAGCACUACAAUGCUCAAGUCAGUAUUUGAAUGAGAUAAAAGAGAGUGUAAAUUGGAGCGCAGAUGUCAUACAUAGGGAUUGAUGUAUGAAUGCUUAUAUAUAGGAGAAUAUUAGGGUUUAUAGUAUAGUGGAGUCCCCCAUGUAUAGAGGUCUGCCACAUAUAACACCUGGAUUAUUCUUUGUUUUGGGGGAACGUUUGGAUAUUGGGAUCGUAUAGUCCUUAUCCGUGCUUGUGUAUUGAUACCGUGGUCAUUUGUGCCACGUGUUAUUUUUAUUCCUUUUUGA